AUGCCGCCGCCACCCACCAAUUUUACUUCUAGUAUUCGUGGUUUCGUAUGCAAGUCAUGUCGAAUAAAACUACAGAUUCCACCACGAGCACCAUGGCUUUCACGAAAUUUCACGGCACAAAAACCCCUGCUGAGGUUGAAAGAUAGAGGGGAAAAGGUACCACCGCUUGCCUCAAAGGCAGAAGUGCAACAACCCGAGCAGACUGAGGAGCCCUUCUAUAAAUAUUACGACGAGACUCCGGAUGGUGUGCGAACAGAGGCACAGCCUGAUCUUGAAGAAGAAGAGUUGUUGGAAGGUCUUCAAGAGGCGGUUCGAGAGAUAAAAGAUGAUAUUGGGGAAAUAUCAGCGGAGGAACUCGAGGAGGUAGACGAAGAUGAAGAACCAAGCCUUCACAUGGAGGAAUGGGAAGAUGCAAUGGAUGCAAAAAUAGAACGUUUAGAGGCUGAAGUAAAUAGAUUGGAGAGCAUUACCAAUAAGCCCGGUCCCAUGUCUGAAGACGACCGGCAGAGGAUACGAGAGUACUUCUUAAAGUCUGUCGAGGAAGGCAAGUUUUUGUAUACUGCCUCAUAGUACGUCUGCUAACUAUCGUAGAUGAAGCUGAAACUUCCACAGAACUACCUCCACCUCCGACUUCUUCCACAGCAGAACAAUUUCUCAAGCCACAACCAAAGCCGGAUUCCAUCACCAUACCACAAUCAAAUUUAAGAUCUCUUUUAAUACCGGAAAAGCCAUACCCUGAAUCAGCCCGACCCCAUAUCAAACUUUUGAACAAUGUAUUGAGGAAAAUUGAUAAUGACUAUGGUCGUAGUGAUUUUCGAAUGGAUGAAAGGCUCAUGUAUAACUUAUGGAAAUACUAUGUUUUAUGCCGAAGGACUCUAUUGUCAUGCCCUGAACCAAUUCCUGCAGCAGCUUGGGAACUUCUUUGGGGUUAUGUUUCGUUACAAGAUCCGACAAAUCUGGAUCGCAUGGCGCAUGUGAAGCGGCUAGGGUCAGAUAUGCAGAAAGCGGGAUUACAUCUAGGAGGGUCUACAUUGUUGUUAUACAUCGAAGCUGUCUUUGUAGAAGGGGACCCGAGGACCGCAAUUGAACUAUGGAGAGCUGCAGCGCAGGGCUUUUUUGGACAGCAAGAAAACAACAACCUCUGGGAUCAGUAUUUGGAGCUUGGAACUCGGAUGUUUGCUGAGAACGGCGACAUUGACGAAGCCCGGAAGGCAGCAUCUAUAGUCAUUCAGAGAUCAAGUGAUCCCAUCAGCGCUCGCAUACUUAUUCACACAAUACAAGGUUGUUUGGCUUCAACAAUUGCAAACCGCACUGCUAAAGCUUGGGAUAUCUACCUUGAAUUCCGAAAACACAUGGGACCGCUCAUGGAGAUGGAGGACUACGACGUUAUCACCGGACUUUUCAUGCGGGCUGGCAAGCACAGUGAAGCAUUAGCAGUCUUCAAAGACAUGAUGCUUACAAAUGUUCCAGCUGCUUUAAAGCAUGACUCAAUGAUAACACGAGAUUAUAAUCAAUUUCCAUUGAUGUUGAAUAACAAGUUUUUCUUCGGGAAAUGGAUCAAAAAGCUCAUUGGCAAUGGCGAUCUUAACGAAGCCAGUAAAGUACUUGACCUAAUGCGAAAUCAUGGAGUCUGCCCGGACGCCAAGUUCACGAACGGGCUUAUGGGCGCUUGGUUUCGUUCGGGCACAUCAAAAAAUAGAAAGCUGGCUGAGGAAAUGGGUUGGUCGAUGAUUGCUGCAAGACUUGAUUUUGUCAAAGCGCGAGAGCAAGGGGUCAAGGGAUUGUUACUCCCUUUGAGGGCUGUAGAGGGGACAAACAAGCAAGAGUACAAACAUGCCAGCUUCAACCUUCACCCUCCUGCUACAAUCGAGACAUUUUCAAUUCUUAUGGAAGAAUAUGUAAAACAACAGAAGCACGAACAGCUUUUGGAUCUUUACACAACCUUAAGUAAAGCAAAAAUCCCGGCAAAUACUAACUUCAUGAAUACAGUGCUCAAAACUGACGCUAGAUUCUCUGUGGACACCAAACAGAUUUAUUAUACCUUUGUCACAGACGGAGUCAAGCCAGACAUUACAACGUUUUUACACUUAUGGCACAAUCUAAAGCAACGGAAUAUGCAAAGACAUAAACGUCAUAAUUUUUUCGUCCCCAGAGAACUGUUUGCAGAAAUGAUGACAUGGGCCAAUAAGUUGAAGGCAGAGUUGGGAAAAGACGGUCUACCGAGGGAGCUUUAUAACUUAAUCAUAAUGAACUUCGGCUUGGUAGACGAUCAAGCUGGAACUGCAGUUGCUUUGCGUGCCCUGCAAAGGUACUUUGGAAUAUAUCCCACGGAUGAUACAGCACGCAGCAUUAUUUUGCAAGUAACAUCGGUUGGUGCUAUAACCGGGCCUCUGGUAAGGCGGCUCAAUAUUAAUAAGGGUACUAAGGAGAGAGUGCGACAAGUUACGCAAGUUCUAGGAUUGCUACAAUCGCAAAGGGCUGAGGCUUUGGCGAAGCUGGGAAUAAAUUAUGAUGACUUGCAAGGACAAGCAAAAUCGGAGGAGGCCUUGAAUUUACUAUCUGACCUCCUACGUAUUGUUACGCUACAGGUCAAUAGUGGUCAAGACGGACGUACAGAUGUCGUCAAAUCAUCCAAAAGAGCAGCAAAGGUGAUGGGUGUUCCUGAUUGCGUUCCUUGGGUUGUAUAUAACACAACAGAUGAGGAAUUGUUGGAUGUGUAAAAUAGAUAAUUACUAUCAACAAAUGUAACAUAGCAUAUCGCUGCGAUCAACAUGCAGGGAGCCAAUUGCUUGUUUGCUCCCGAGAUGGGCUAUACUCACUUCAGCCUGUGAGGAGAUACCUAUGUG